CCGGGCCGCGGCGCGCGGCAGGCCGGGCAGAGGGCGCGGGCGCGGGGGAGAAGCCGCGAGCGUCCCCGAUGGUGCCGCCGCCUCCGAGCCGGGCACGCGCGGCGACGGGGCAGCUGGGCAGCAGGAGCUUGGGUCCGCUGCUGCUGCUCCUGGCGCUGGGACACGCCUGGAGCUACCGCGAGGAGCCCGAGGACCACGACAGGGAAGUGUGUUCGGAAAACAAAAUCGCGACCACCAAGUACCCGUGUCUGAAGCCCUCGGGCGAGCUCGCGACCUGUUUCAGGAGGAAGUGCUGCAAAGGAUAUAAAUUUGUUCUCGGACAGUGCAUUCCAGAAGACUAUGACGUGUGUGCAGGGGCACCCUGCGAACAGCAGUGCACAGACAACUUCGGCCGCGUGCUCUGCACCUGCUACCCUGGGUACCGCUAUGACCGGGAGAGGCACCGCCGUCGGGAGAAGCCCUACUGCCUGGAUGUGGACGAGUGCGCAGCCGGCAACGCCUCCCUGUGCGCGCACACUUGCAUCAACACGCCGGGCAGCUUCCGCUGCGAGUGUCGGGCUGGGUACGUGCUGGAGGACGGCGGCAGGACGUGCACCCGGGCCGACAGGUACCCCAACGACACUGGGCAUGAGGAGAAGUCGGAGAGCGCCGUGAGAGCCGGAACCUGCUGUGCCACCUGCAAGGAGUUCCAGCAGAUGAAGCAGACGCUGCUUCAGCUCAAGCAGAAGAUCUCCCUGCUCCCCAACAGCGCCACCGACCUGGGCAAGUACCUCAGUAGAGACAAGGUGCUGGCCUCCAACGCGUACCUGCCGGGACCCCCUGGCCUGCCAGGGGGGCAGGGGCCCCCUGGCUCUCCGGGACCUAAAGGGAGCCCCGGCUUCCCCGGGAUGCCCGGCCCCCCAGGACAGCCAGGUCCCCGCGGCUCUAUGGGCCCCAUGGGCCCGUCUCCAGACCUGUCCCACAUCAAGCAAGGCCGGAGGGGCCCUGUGGGCCCGCCAGGUGCCCCGGGCAGGCACGGUGCCAAGGGAGAGCGAGGGGCGCCGGGGCCCAGGGGCUCUCCGGGUCCCCCCGGCUCCUUCGACUUUCUGCUUCUCAUGCUGGCCGACAUCCGCAACGACAUCGCUGAGCUGCAGGAGCGCGUGUACGGGCCCCGCGCUCACACGGCCGAUGGCUUCCCCGCGCCUCAGGAAUUCUCCAGCUACCCCGAAACCCUGGACCUGGGCUCGGGAGAUGCCACGUCACCACGGACCGAGGCCGGAGACGUGGGAGCCCCUGGGGACAUUUUCCCGUAGCCCCCCUUACCCCCAAAACACAUACACAUACACACACCCUAUGUCUCCAGGCGGAAGGAGAGUAGCUUCCACCUGCUCUUCAGUGGCUUCAGGAAAGAAGAUCCGGUCCGCAGGCUGGGAAAGGAUACGGCUGUGUUUCCAGAACCUUCUUCUGCCCGCUGCCUUCAUCUCUCCUUCCAGACACUCUUUCAGGCUGGACCCCAGAUUUCUCCAGCCACAGUGGGAAGCAGGAAGGGGGUGUCCUUGCAAACUGCCACUAAGGCCAGGGGCGUUUCCACAUAGCACCCCUGGAGUCCAGGGCCAAGCGUGCUCCUGGGAAGACCCCUCUGGCCGGGGAGGGCUGGCACCACCCCUUGGGCAGCGCCCUCAAUCCUUUCCCCCGCCCCAGGCUCCCCUCCCUGGUCUGACAGUGUUGGGGGUCUCUGCUUUGGCAUUAAGUCCCACCGAUGGCCGUGGUCUCUGCCACACCCCACUGGGAGCUGUUUCCCACGCAGCCAUUUCUGGGCAGUGCCCAUGUGACUGUUUCCUUUCCACCCCGUCAUCACACACUUCA